AUGAGUUUACCAGUGAGAAGUUUAAAGGAACUAAGCAAAAUAAAACAUUGGUAUGGUUUCAAGUACCUGUUGAACCCGGAAGUACAUCAGGCGAUAUUCGACAAACUACGGCUUGAAGAUACAUAUCGAGAUACUACCAAAUUCAAAGUCCUUGAUUUAUAUCCUGGACCCAGUCAACAGUCUGCUAUUUUUUAUAAUAGAUUUAAACCACAACAGUAUGUUUUGAUGGAAAGCAGAGCUGAUUUUUUGACACAGUUAAAGAAGGAAUAUAGUAACUCUCCAAUAGAUGUUAUUGAGAAGGAUCCGUACGAUUGGUCAUCGUAUGUUGAUUUAAUAGAUCAAUCAAAAAAACUCCAGGUCGAAAAGCAAUCGCUAGAUCAUAUCAAUGAUAGUUUUCUCACAAUUGGAAAUCUUACGAAUCCAGCCCAUGAGGGCCUCUUAAUGCAAUGGUAUUCAUGCAUUGGGAAUAGAAAUUGGCUUCAAAGAUUUGGUCGUGUUAAAAUGCUACUUUGGGUGCCAACUUCGUCGGCCGUUAAAUUACUGGCGAGACCUGGCUCGAUUUCAAGAUCUAAAUGUUCGGUCGUCCGAGAGGCAUUCACAGAGACUAACUUGGUGGCAUUGUCCGAUACCGAGGAAGUCAAAUUAUUUGAUGACAGUGUUAUUACGGCUAAUAAUCCCAUAAUAAUAUCUGACACAGACAUCUGGCAAAUACGUGAUAAGGGAAUUUCCCUACUAGAGAUUAACCCUACUGCGCACCAUAUAGACUUGGAUAACUGGGAAUACGUCACUAAACAUCUACUAAUCUUGAAGGGAACACCACUGAUAGACGCCCUAGAAUCUCUUGGACAUGGUGCCAAAGACUACUUCAAAGACAAGAUUACCAAUCAAGAUCUUUUGAACAAGUCACCAAAUAAGCUGACUAAUGAGGAAUUUAUCUAUCUUACUGAUUUAUUUGCCAAAUGGCCAUUCAAACCUGAUAUCUUUAUGGAUUUUGUAGAUAUCUAUCAGGAUGAUAGCUUUUAA